GUUUCAGUCCAGAGCUAUAUAAGUCAAGAAGGCAGUAUCGGCCGGCGAGAGCUCCAGGCGCUCCCCACCUAUGCGGCUAUGCUGCGCGUCGUCGUCUCCACCCUCCCCACUCUCCGCCCGCUCCUCCGGCGUGGGCCUCUGCUAAACCAUAAACCCCUGCUCCGCUCGCGGCUUCAGCCGUGGCCGUUCCGCGCGCUCUCGUCGCCUGCCGCCGCCGCCGCCGCUAGCGCGCCCAGCGCCUCAGUGAAGGGGGAGGACGUUGCGUUGGAGGAGCACCUUACGCGGUGCGCGGCGGCAGGCAGGGCACCGUUGCGGGUGGCGGUGCUGGUGAGCGGCGGGGUGGACAGCAGCGUCGCGCUCCGCCUCCUCCACGCCGCGGGCCAUCACUGCACCGCGUUCUACCUGAAGAUUUGGUUCCAGGAAGAUUUCAGGAACUUUUGGUCCGAGUGCCCAUGGGACGAGGAUUUAAAAUAUGCGCAAGCUGUUUGUGACAAGAUUGAUGUGCCAUUGGAGGUGGUCCAUCUAUCCGACGAAUACUGGAACUAUGUGGUGUCACAUAUGAUCAAUGAGUAUCGCUGUGGUCGUACACCAAAUCCUGAUGUUCUGUGCAACACGAGAAUAAAGUUUGGGGCUUUCUUAGAAGCUAUUGAAAAUUUGGGAUUUGACUACAUAGCUUCAGGGCAUUAUGCACACGUAGUACAUCCUUCCACUGAAAAUACUGAAGCGCCAUCCAUACUGCAAUUAUCAAAGGACAAGGUCAAAGAUCAAACCUAUUUCCUCUCACAUCUAUCUCAACCUCAGCUUAGAAGGCUUCUUUUCCCACUAGGAUGUAUUACAAAGGACGAGGUUCGCAGACUGGCUACUCAAAUGGGCCUUCCUAACCAAGGUAGGAAGGACUCACAGGGGAUAUGCUUUCUUGGAAAGGUCAAGUUUAGUGAGUUUGUUGAAAGACAUAUAGGAGAAAUGGAAGGAAUCAUACUGGAAGCCGAGUCUGGAGAUUACUUAGGGAAACACCGUGGGUUUUGGUUCUAUACAAUUGGUCAGCGGCAAGGAUUACGGCUUCCUGGAGGACCUUGGUAUGUUGUAGAGAAAGAUGUUCAAAACAAUGUGGUUUUUGUAUCAAGGAAUUACUAUUCAUUGGAUAAGCGGAGGCGCACAUUUCGUGUUGGAUCACUAAACUGGUUUGACAGUUCUGGGCCUGGAAACAACGAGCAACUUAAAUGCAAGGUGCGACAUAGCCCUGAAUUUCACGACUGCACUUUGAUAAAAGAGCAUACUGAAGAAAAUGAGGAUGCUUUGGUGGUGCAUCUGUCCGAAGAUGACCAGGGCUUAGCAGCUGGUCAGUUUGCAGCGUUCUAUAGUGAACAUUCAUGCCUGGGAUCAGGCAUCAUUUUGGAUUCAUGGGACAAGAUGAGCUUCCCUGUCUGCUCAAGGGCACUCGAAAUUGCUAAAUUGGAGGACAAAUCGAGCUUAGGGAAGCCAGUAAGAAUCCUGAACUUGGAACAUGUCGUGAAGCCAGAAAAACAGGAGGAAAUCAAAGUUGCCUGACAAAUUGGUGCCGUAUAAUUCAACCCCGCCCUCUUAGGUGUCACUGUCCUUUCAUGGACAAGGUGGGCACUUCACUCGAUUUCUUACAAGAAAUCUACUGGUUAUAGAUGAGUAGCUUUUGAGUAGUGUUAGAAUUUAGAAUUUAUAGAUGUACAAAUUAUUUCGCUUUUCUAAAGAAAUUCUUGAUUUUUUUGUUAUAAUUGUAUUUUCUAGAUGUGAUUAUUUGAGUAAGUUGGUAUCGAUAUGUGGUUACUACGCGAAGAAUAGUGUAUAUUUAGGUGUAUAACAAAAACUAUAUAUAUAAGUUUUAACGAUAUA